GUUUUACUUUAACAGAACAAAUAAAUGGAAAUUAUAUUUAUAGAGAACAAAAAGAUAAAAAUAGUAGCUUUCUUUCAACGGACAAAAGAUACGAAAGUAAAGAUUCUACUUCGUCAAACCCCUCAAUGAAGACAACAUUCACAGAAUUUUCGGAAUGUUCUAUGGGAGAAGAAGAACUAAAAAUUCCCGCAAAUCAACCUACUAUUCAUAAUGAUGCUGUCUCGGUAGCAAUGCAAAUGACACAACCUGACGAUAUAUCCACCGUUCCUGAGGAUAAUGUUUCAUUCUUUUUUAUUAUAUUAGAUCUAUCGCAGGUUCUUGUGAUCUAUACGGGUGGUACCAUUGGCAUGAAAAAUACUCAUCUUAAUGGAUAUAUUCCUGUUCCAAAUUAUUUUACAAAUACACUUGCUGAAAUGUCUCGAUUUCAUGAUCAAAGCUUUUUCGAUAAAAGCUUGAGAUAUGAUUAUGAUGAUUGUGAUGACGAAAAUCCAAUGUAUUCUAAUAAAAUUUUUAUUAAAGAUUAUUGGGGUAUUGAGGAUUCGGGAAUAAUGUGUAUUUCGACCGUCAAGAUGAACGCUGUAGAAUUUAAUGCAUUUGAUUCUCCAAAUUUAUCUCCAUUGGCAACGGUCGGGAUAAAUAUUAAUGUAAACUGGGCUGAAAUUGUUCGUCCUUCCGUAAUCUCCAAAUUUCAUGCACAUAAAAAUUUAAACAGGAAUGUAAGUAACUUACGUUUAUUCCCGGGCAUAACGGAAUCCACUGUACGUGCCUUAUUAGCCCCUCCAAUUGAAGGUGUGAUAUUAGAAACAUAUGGUGCUGGAAAUGCGCCAGAUACUCGUGAUGAUGUUAUGUGUACUUUAAAAGAGGCUGCUGCUCGAGGCGUUGUGAUAGUAAAUUGUACACAAUGCAAAAAGGGAACCGUAACCGAUCUUUAUGCUACAGGCAAAGCAUUGACUAAAGUUGGUGUUGUGCCGGGUAAUGAUAUGACUCCUGAGUGUGCUCUCGUGAAGCUUUCAUUCCUACUUGGUUAUCGGAAUGAAAAAUGUGAAAAAUAUUCCCCGGAAACCGUUAGAAUGUUGAUGACUAAAAAUUUGAGGGGUGAACUCACUGUCGUAGCACCUAGGCCAAGAUAUACAUUUCACAAUAGAACACAUAAAAUUAUUCAAAAUAUGAUAGGAUCGCUUGACUCAGCAAUGAUGAACGUUCAAGAAAAAGUUUUAUUGGAAAAAUCUCUGUAUCCUAUUCUACUGUGUUCAGCGGCUGGAACAGACGAUUUAGAAGGAUUACAAUUGCUUUGGGAUAGUUAUGAAGGAUUGGUUUUAAAUUGUAUAGAUUACGAUGAACACGGUGCAUCUGUCCAUAUGCGUGAUAGAUUUGGACAUACUCCUUUGUAUGAAGCCGCAAGAAAUAAACGUCGAGAUGUAAUUAGUAUACUAAGGGAGGCUGGUGCGCAUUUUAAUGAAUCUGAACUUGAUGAUGUAAUAGCUGCAGCGAAAGGUGACCAAGAAUUAUUACGACAUUUUGUGGAUGCUGGUAUGGAUGUAAACAGAACUGGAUUUGACCAUAGAACGGCAUUACAUCAUGCUGUUUCUGAAGGUCGGGUUAACACGGUGCAAUAUUUAUUAUCAUUACCUCAGAUUAAGGUCGAUACUAAAGAUAGGUGGGGUAGAAAACCAAUUGAUGAUGCGGAAACAAAUUUGGGACGUAUGUGGGGGCGAGAUGGUGAUAGAGUAAAAGAAUUAGAAGAAGUUGUACGACUAUUAAGAGAAAAAAUGGAUAAAUUGGAAGAAUAUUCACAGUGGUGA